AUGGCAGCCGUCGCGGGCUUGCGGGCCUUCGGGGCAAAAGGGCCCGGCUGGCUCCGGCGGGGCCCAUGGUCCCCGCUCACCGCCGGCGUCUGCAGCCGGGGGCUCGCGGGGGCCGGGCAGCCCGAGCCUGGGUCGCGACCCACCAGCGCGCGGCAGCGGGACGGCAUCAGGAACGUCGUCUUGAGCAAUCCAAAGAGGAGGAACGCACUGUCACUUGCAAUGCUGAAAUCUCUCCAAAGUGACAUUCUUCACGAAGCCGAAAGCAAAGAUCUGAAAGUCAUUAUUAUUUCAGCUGAGGGGCCUGUAUUUUCUUCUGGGCAUGACUUAAAGGAGCUGACGGAGGAACAAGGGCCAGAUUAUCAUGCUCAAGUAUUUCAGACCUGUGCAGAGGUCAUGAUGCAGAUCCAGAGGCACCCUGUCCCAGUGAUCGCCAUGGUGAACGGCCUGGCCACUGCUGCCGGGUGUCAGCUGGUCGCCAGCUGUGACAUCGCCGUGGCGAGCGACAAGUCCUCUUUUGCCACUCCAGGUGUCAACAUUGGGCUCUUCUGCUCCACUCCUGGCGUUGCCCUGGGGAGAGCAGUGCCCAGAAAGGUCGCCCUAGAGAUGCUUUUCACUGGGGAGCCCAUUUCUGCCCAGGAGGCCUUGCGUCAUGGGCUGCUCAGCAAAGUCGUGCCGGAAGAGCGGCUAGAGGAAGAAACCAUGAGAAUAGCGAAAAAGAUUGCCUCCUUGAGCCGCCCUGUGGUGUCUUUAGGCAAGGCCGCCUUCUACAAGCAGCUGCCCCAGGACCUCAGAACGGCGUACUGCCUCACUGCUCAGGCCAUGGUGGACAACGUGGCCCUGCAGGACGGGCAGGAGGGAAUCAAGGCCUUCAUCCAGAAGAGAAAACCCAACUGGUCACACUGAGCAGAAUUUGUGGGAGAAAUAGAGGCAUGAGUCCGUGGGCAGUGCCCAGGAAGCAGCACUUCCUACUCCUCCCCUCUGACUCCACAUACCACAGCUGCCUUGUAAUGUAAAAGGAGACAGCCUGCCUUGACAAUAACACUAUAAUGGUUUCACUGACGUGGUCUGUAUUAAAAGCCCUGAUUUUGAGGGAAGGAUGAAGUGGAGAGUCCAAGGAAGUGCUCAUUUAGGUGGCCCUUAGCGAGCUUUGUGCUGAGCAGCUGUUUGAGAAGGCUGGGGUCUGCUAGCCCCCUCCCUAGGCCUGCGGGCGAGGGUCUCCCUCACACAGGCCAAGGUGGUAACACACCAGGAAUAAAAGAGACUGCAGCCUGAGAAAUGUCUCCGCAAGUGGAAGCGGUUCUGGUUGCCCAAGAGAGAUGACACAUUUCAGAUCCCCCAAGAUAGUCCCAACUGAAAAUCCUGAGAAAUAAUCAUGCCCACGGCUUUGGAAUAAUCUUACGUGAUUUCAAAAGAUUAAAUAUUUAGAGACAGUGAGGCUGUAAGCUGUCUGAGAAAAGAAAAAAAUAUCCCCAAACUCCUUCUUCUUCACAUUCCAACCUGAUAGGUGUGGAGCAGCUGCUGGUGUUUCCAUGGUGCAUAUCCUGGCUGCCCAAGGAGCCUUGACACCUCGACCUUGAAUAAAGCUCAGCAUGAAAACUUGGGGUAAAGGAGGUGGGGGGUGAAGAACACAUGUUCUAACAAGAACCACCUACUCUGGACUCACUUCCUAGCUCACUCCACUUCUAUAAAGAAUCCAAACUAGCAUCAGGUACUCCAGGCACUGAGGAAGCAUUUGGACUAGGACCUAAACAUCAUUUUCUGGCUUCUGGUCCAAUGUGGCCCAACAAAUGCUAGAAACUUCUUGUCCUCAAGUCUUCUCACACAUUUGGCAAAUGAAAAUCAAUAGUUUAUCUUGCACUUUCUGUCUGAGUGUGUACUAGACUCUCAAAUCAUGAAAUCCUUGCAUCUCUAGGCUGGCUUCCCAGCCUGUGAACUAAUAUGCACUCAGGGACUAGCUUCAGCAGGAAAUAAUCCAAAAGGAAAUCUGCCGUCUACCCUCCAAGGUCAUUUAAUUCCUCCCCGAGGCCAAUAUAAAUUUUUUAGCUCUGCUUCUGUCCAUUGGGAUACUGGAUGAUGUUUUCUGAGAGCCCCAAGUGAUGAUUGCUUUUGGAAAGCCUAUUUGCCUCUCCUUAACUUCCAUUUGCUUCUGGGGAGUUUCACUGAGCUCAGCCCAGCAGACCGCACACCUGCAAUUCAGGGGCUGGAAAGGAAGUGAGCCCAUGUUCACCACUGCCCCCUGGGAGAACACACCUUCCCAAUGCAUGCUCCCCACGGAGAGCAUGAAUGGGUUGAGUGAAUGUCAGACACCAGCUUCCUGUAGCUUUUUAUACCAGUGAUAAGGUGGGGAGUAGUAUAUGAUACCAGGCAGCCCCGAAAUAUAUGUGAAGCUCAAGAGGUUAAGGCACGUGUCGCUGGCAACAGUGCAUGGGCUGAGAUCUGUAGGAUUCUGAAUUGUGCUCCUGAUUAACACACUGUAUUCCUCCCAACACAAGUAGGAGACAACCGUUCCAGCCUGCAGACAGACUUCUCAUGCACUCAAAGGAAAAAGGCAAAGCAAAGGCCACUGAGUUUUGCUUAGUAAAGAUUUAGGGAAAAGCAUGGAUUUGAACACACUGAGCUCUCCCAGGGUUACAUGAACUAGCAGUGUGGACUGCAUCUCAACUUUUCCUUCUGUAAAAAACAACAGCGCGGAAUCUCCUGUCUGUUCUGACAUUCUAAAUUCUGCAACACUGGGAUUUGGAAACUUGAAAUAUGUAGCUUUCACUCAAAAGGAGAUGGGCAUCUUACCUGACGAAGAGGUCAAAUUUGAAAACACCUGAUUGUGUUUGAAGGAGAAAGAUUGUCAGAACUUUGGGGUCACACCUGAACCUUCUGACUUUAGCUGGGAAGACCCUACAGGGAGCUGAUCACUAUGGAAUUUGGCAAUUACCUUGGUCUUGUCUGGUGUUUUAGUCACUAUCCCCUCCCCCUUAAGUGACAGAUAUCCAUCCAGCAAUGUUUGUAUUUAAAAGGUGAAAUAGUGUGAAUUUUAUGACAAAUUGUGGGCAGUUUGAUUCAACUGGCUUGAAGAGGAAUGUGAGGGGACUAGAGUGCUUCAGGAACCCCUCAAAUUUUCCCAUGCAGGUUUCAGGGCCUUUAUUGGCCCUCAGGGCUGCCGCCUUUUGAAGGCCCAGCUGCUAUCACAGUGGAACACACCCGUGUUCCACACUUAACAGCGCUCGUCUAUUUAGGGGAAGGAGUUCAAUAAUUUCCUUUAAACUUUGUUUUAAAAAUAUACCUGCUUAAUGAUGGUUAUUUCUUAACAAUCAUCAAGUGGGUGAGAGUCUGAUUCAACAUUAAUGAAGUUGACAUGUUAUAUUCAAUAAAAUAAUUGUAUUUCAGCUUUUCAAGAGGUUUGUUGUUUGUUUCUUUGUUUUCAUGUCUAUAACUCAAAAUUUAUCUUGGUCAGUUGAUGAACGGGGCUUGUUUUCAUGGUGUGGCUAUUAGGAAUAUGCUGCUAUGCACAUUUACAUGCAGGUUUUGUGUGACUCCAUAUACACAUGUGGUUUAAUGGCACUUAGGUCAAUGGCCCCUCAUAUACAAUGGAGGCCCCAAUAAGCUAAGCAAUUAACGUCGCUGUAUAGCACACACAGAACACCAGAGGUAAUCAGUAGGAUGGGAACCAAGGAGAAAAAUAAUUUUGAUUCAUUAGUGAGCAAAUGGAAUCCUAGAUAAGACAUUUGGCUUUUUAAGCCAGAAAGGAGCUUAGCUCUCAGUUAACUUACAAACCAUGACAUGACUCAGACAGGCCUACAUGAUGAAAAAGGUGUAGACUUAGCAAGUAUUGGUACCAAGAACAGUAUCCUCUGGCCAAUUUGGCAUGGCCUUCUUGUUGACACCCCUCAGAAAUCUCGGGGGAAGCCACCCCAUAGAUUCUUCAUGCUUUCUGGAAGUUUAUUUAGCAGUGUUCAGGGAAAAGGAAGAGUGUGUUGUCCCCAAACUCCCCUCUUGAGGCCCCUUGAGAAGGAAUUUAU